GCAUUUCGGCAUUUCAACCCUCUCUUUCCAAAAUACUAUCAGAACUUCGGCUUCAUCGUCAUAACCCACUGCUAUAAUCAAACCCUGUAAUCUAGUUCUCCUACAUUAUGAUUGCUGCUAAUCCGGCUUAAGAGAAGAAGAUCAUCAAAGUCAUGGUUAAGAAAAAGAAACUACUAGAGGGAAUAGAUAAAAUGAUGGUCGGGGUAGAGGAGGAGGAGGAUAGGAUUAGCAAAUUAUCUGAUCCCCUCCUUCGCCAUUUCCUAUCUUUCCUUCCUUUCAAGCGUAUCGUUGCUACCAGUGUUUUAGCUAAACGUUGGAGGUUUGUAUGGAAUUCAGUUCCUAUUCUGAAAAUUCAACAUCUGCUAUCCUCUGAUCCAGCCAAAGACAGCGAUUUACAUAUCAAGCAGUUUGUGAAUUUCAUGGAUAGAAUGUUCAUUCUUCGUGAUUUGUCAACUAUAAAGUACUUUUCUCUCCUUACUUACAUUGAAGAUGAAUAUAAUAUUAAUUCGUGGAUAUCCGCUGUUAUAAAACGUAAAGUAGAAGAGAUAGAUCUGUUGUUGUUGCCAAAUUCGGAUGUAUAUUAUUAUUCACCCUUUCUAAUUCCCUCAAGUCUUUUUACUAGCGAGUCACUGAUUAAGUUAAGUAUGGUAGUGCGUGUUGUUCUCAAUCUUCCUAAAUAUGUGCAUUUUCCUAAACUCAAGCUCCUUAGACUUAUGGGUGCCAGAAUUAAUGAUAAGUACUUUAUCGAGCGACUUCUGUCUAAUUGUCCAGUUCUUGAAGACUUAAGCCUAGAUUCAUGCACAUGGGACGGUAUUGAUGAUUUAUGUGUUUCUUCUCCUACGUUAAAGCGUUUAUGCAUCGAUGGACCUCUGAUGCUUCCCUGCGGAGAGAUUAAGAUUAAUGCACCCUUAUUAGAGUAUUUAAGUUAUACCCAUUUUCUUGUAAAGAAACAUGUUCUGCAGAGCUUUCCAGUGCUAGUUCGUGCACAAAUUCACCCGGCAGCUGUAACUUCUGAAAGUAGUAUUCCAGAACAAGGUUCUAGUUUAAUUAAACUUCUUGGAGAGAUUUUCAAUGUGAAGCAUCUCUAUGUUCAUGAUAGACUGUUCAAGGCACUAGCUCUUACAGAUGGAGGUCUCUUACUGAAGCUGCCUAUGUUUCAUAAUUUAAGCCACUUGGUAGUGAUUUGGAGUUAUCCUUCUUCAAUUGACAUAGCACUAUUGAGGUUGCUCCAAAUCUCGCCUAAGCUGGAAUCACUUGUCUUCCAUAAUGGAAAUGAUUAUCAAUCUAACAAGGAUGAUAGCUGGAAGCUAAAUAUUGUGCCAGAGGGUUCGAAUAUUGUGUCUGGGUUGGAGCAUCUCAAGGUGCUUGAAUUCCUGGAAUUUUGUGGAGACCCAUGGGAGAUGUAUGUGAUAGAAAUGUUUUUGAAAAAUGCAAGAUUUUUGCAAAGGUUAACCGUCAAAACUUCUUAUAGGAGUACUUUAUUAAGAAAAAACAGAUUGCAAAGUACUACAGAGUUACUAAUGCUUCCAAGAGCUUCAUCCAGUUGCGUGAUUAAAUUCUCCUAAAACAUCUUCAACUAAGAUUACGUCUAUUCCUUGGAUUUUUGGGCUAAUCUACUGAUUCCUUCCAGAGUUCUGGAUAUGCUUCCAGGAUCAAAUUGUUUCUUUGGCUUUGUCAACAACAUAUGUUUAUGGCAGGGGUGAAGGAAAAUUGACAAGAUUACAGAUCUCAUGUCAGAAAAGGACAGUUGCUUGUAGAGUUGCUGCGGUUGGAUACCACCAAUGAAUUUCGAACUUGAGACUACUUUUAAACUAUUGGUGUCUGCAUCAGCCAUGAAUUUACUUGGGAGGUUAAAUUUCAUACUAGUAUAAAGCCUGUUGAACUAGCGCAUGUAUGUUUCCUAAGCUGGAUUCAAAUGUCGCCUUAUUUUUCUUAAAUUUCGUACUACUUUUAAACUAUUGGUUGCCGUGCUUUACCCUUAUUUUUACGAACAUGUAACUUUUUGGAUUCAAUCUAGCGCAUGUAUGUUUCUUA